AUGUCGGCAGCCAAGUAUUUUGAAAAGGGCCCCCCGGAGCCAUCUCUAGAGAAUGGCUCCCCGGGAAGCAUCAGCAACAACGACACUGUCCAGGGCGUUUCCGAAACGGCUGGCUCCCAGGCCCUGCACCGUCAGUUGCGCGGGAGGGAAGUUCAACUGUACGCCAUUGGUGGCGCGAUCGGCACCUCUCUCUUCGUUCAGAUGGGUGCCGCGCUCCCCAAGGGAGGACCGGCAGGUCUCUUCAUCGCCUUCCUCAUCUGGGGCGGCAUCAUGUGGGCCGUCAACGAGUGCUUCGCCGAGAUGGUGUCGUAUCUCCCUGUGCCGUCCCCCUUUAUCCGAUUCGGCAGCGACUUCGUCGACGGCGCGCUCGGCUUCUCCAUGGCCUGGAACUUCUUCCUCAACAUGGCCUUCCUCGUACCCUUUGAGAUUGUCGCCAUGAACAUCAUGAUCACCUUUUGGACCGACGAGGUGCCCGUCGAGGCCGUCAUCGUCAUCAUGAUUGUUCUGUACGCGGGUCUCAACUUCGCCACUGUCCGCUACUUCGGCAUCGCGGAGUUCUACCUGUCCAUCUUCAAGGCCGUGCUCAUGAUAGGUCUCUUCUUCUUCACAUUCAUCACCAUGGUCGGCGGGAACCCGCUGCACGACGUCUACGGCUUCCGCUACUGGAAGGAACCCGGCGCUUUCAACUCGUACCUCGAGCCGGGAGGCGUCGGUAAAUUCUGCGGCGUCCUGUCCUGCCUAUAUCAGGCCAGCUUCUCUAUAACUGGUCCCGAGUAUUUGGCCAUGCCUGCGGCCGAGACCAAGAACCCUCGCAAGGUCCUGCCUCCGGCCUUCCGCUCGUUCGUCUGGCGUAUACUCGUCUUCUUUGUCGGCUCGGCUCUGUGCAUGGGAAUCGUCAUUCCAUCCGACGACGAGACCCUCAUGGGCAUCCUCGACGGCGACAUCUCCGGUAGCGGCACCGGUGCAGCGUCGCCCUAUGUGAUCGCCAUGAAGCGUCUCGAGAUCCCCGUUCUGCCCCACAUCGUCAACGCCCUCAUCAUGACCUCCAUCUUCAGUGCCGGCAACGGAAUCCUGUUCUCGGCCACUCGAACCCUGCACGGCAUGUCGCUCGAGGGCCACGCGCCCGGCGUCUUCUCCCGCUGCACCAAGAACGGGGUACCGAUAUGGGCGCUGGCCUUCUCUCUGUGCUUCUGCCUUCUCGCCUUCCUGCAGGUGAAGAGCUCGUCGGCCGUGGUCCUGACGUACCUCAUCGACCUCGUGACCGCCUGCCAGAUGCUCAACUACGGCUUCACCGCCUUCACCUACCGGCACUUCUACUCCUCCCUCAAGGCCCAGGGAAUCAGCCGCGACAGCCUGCCUUACAAGGGCAGGUUCCAGCCGUACACCAGCUACGUCGCCAUGGGAGGCACGCUGUUCAUGCUCCUUGCGGGCGGAUACACCAUCUUCCUCGAUGGGAACUGGAGCGUCCAGGACUUUUUCCUCACCUACACCAUGAUUGGCUUCUUCGUCGUGGCGUUUGUCGGGUGGAAGGUCAUCUUCAAGACCGAAUACGUCCGUCCCGGGACAGCAGACCUGAGCCUCGGCGGGAUGAGGGAGGAGAUUGAUGCGUACGAGGCCAUGCUUGUGCCCGAGCAGAGUGGUCGUGUAGGGAGGGUCUUGCGGAAGAUCUUCCACUAG